AUGGCAUCCUCGACGGUCCACACGGCUCGGCCCGUUUGCUUUUUGUUUGGGCCUCAAAGUUGUGCGAUCGCCGAAAGCUUAUCUUUCAUUCACAACACCCUUCAAACUACUCCAUCCGUUGAGUUUUUCAAGCCUGUGCUAGAAGAGCUUCCUUCAUUAUGGCCUGUCAUCACAGACGUAUGGCCUGCCUUGACUCAGGUUCCCGGUGCUACACAACUGAGCGUCCUUGGUAGACUCGCGCAGGGGGAGUCUGUCAGUAGCCAGGAGCUUUCGUUGAAUGUUCUCUUGACACCCAUCACAGUUCUAAGGCAGAUACUGGAGUAUUUUUUAGCCAAAGAACGUGGUGAGGAGCAUCAGGUCGUUGACGCGCAAGGCUUUUGCGUUGGAUUCCUAUCUGCGGCCGCAGUGUCCUGCUCGCCGGACACGAAUCACUUCCCACAAAUCGCGUCAGCCAUGGUCCGCUUGGCUGUGUGUAUCGGAGCUGCAGUUGACUUGGACGCACUUCAAUAUGGCCCUACUCAAUCUCUGGCUGUAAGAUGGAAAGAUGACUUGGAGAACGAGAAACUGAAAGAUAUUUUGCUUGAAUCUGACACGGGCUAUAUUUCAUGCUUCACUGACACAAACUCUGCUACUAUUACCGUUGCAGAUUUGGAGUUAAGUGCCAUUCUGGAGCAGUUGAAAAGCGAGGGCUUGUCGGCUAAGGUGAUCGGCUUGCGGGGAAGGUUUCAUCAUGCAUCUCACACUACGUCUGUGACGUAUCUUUCCAGGCUUUGUGGGCUCGAUUCUCGUUUUCGACUGCCUGAUACAUAUAUCCAGCGCCAUCUACCGUUGAGGUCCAACGUGGAUGGCAAUGUAGUUGAGGAGGUCCCCGCGAUUCACGAGGUCGCACUAGAAUCAAUCCUUGUGAAGCCUUCACAGUGGUUCCUUACCGUAUCAUCUACUCUCCAAGACACACAGGCCAUUCUCGACGGCCAACUUGGCUUCAUUGCCAUUGGGACUGAUCAAUUUGUACCACGACUUAUUAGAAGCCGCCUGCUCCAGUCCGACAAAUUGCCUAGUACGAGUUCUACCAACUACCGCAGGAUCUCCAAUAAGGUCGAUGAGUUCGGUAAUGAGUUUGAUCAGAUUGAAGAUGACACGGGGAACAAGCAAGCGAAAACGACAACCUCUAACCUUGCAAUUCCCAUAGCAAUCACUGGCAUGGGAUGCCGAUAUGCGCAGGCAAACUCUCCAGAGCUUUUGUGGGAGAUACUACAGCUUGGAAAAUGCGCAGUUGGACCACUACCUACCAAGAGAUUCAAGAUGGAUGAGGUUCUCCGGAAGCCGAAGGGACCAUUUUUCGGGAACUUUUUAGCCAACCCGGAUGCUUUCGACCACCGCUUCUUUGGAAUAUCAGCUCGUGAGGCAGAGUCUAUGGAUCCUCAGCAGCGGCUACUCCUGCAAGUCGCUUAUGAAGCAAUGGAAUCUGCAGGAUACUGCGGUAUGAGGAAGGCUAAUCUGCCAACCGAUAUUGGGUGUUACGUGGGUGUUGGAUCCGACGACUACACAGACAACGUAGGUUCGACAAACGCGAACGCUUUCUCGGCUACUGGAACACUUCAAGCAUUCAAUAGCGGCCGUGUAAGUCACUUCUUUGGAUGGAGUGGUCCCUCAAUUGUUGUGGACACGGCGUGCUCCUCGGCUGCGGUUGCAAUUCACAUGGCAUGCAAGGCUCUCGAAGGCAAAGAGUGCUCGAUCGCUGUGGCAGGAGGGGUCAAUAUCAUGACUAGCCCUAGGGUCACACAGAACCUAGCUGCAGCUUCAUUCCUGUCCCCGACCGGCGCUUCCAAGGCUUUUGAUCGAGAUGCAGAUGGGUACUGCAGGGGGGAAGGUGCAGGUCUGGUUGUUUUGAGACCACUGGCCGAUGCAAUUCGCGAUGGAGAUCCAAUUCUUGCUGUCAUAGGCGGGUCAGCUGUCAAUCAGGGAUCGAAUUGUUCUCCCAUCACAGUACCGCAUUCGGAGUCACAAAUGUCACUGUACCAAAAGGCAAUGACGGCCGCAGGUGUUUCUCCAGAGGAUAUCACAUACGUUGAGGCGCAUGGAACCGGAACACAAGUGGGUGACCCGAUCGAGUUCGACAGCCUCAGGAGAACUUUCAGCAAACCAGCUAGAAAGGAUAAGGUUUACGUGGGAUCCAUCAAGGACAACAUUGGACACACAGAGACCGCUUCUGGAGUCGCGGGUCUACUUAAGACAAUCAUGAUGCUCCAAAAAAGCAAAAUCCCUAAGCAGGCCAAUUUUUCGCAGCUGAAUCCCAAGAUUGCGCCUUUCGGAAACGAACUCAUCGAUAUUCCCACCCACCUUACCGAAUGGCCAUCCGCCAGGUCUUCAAGUGCUGUGGCCAUGGUGACCAACUAUGGUGCGGCAGGUAGUAACGCGGCCAUUGUCGUUAAGCAACAUAAAAAGUCUUGCAUCCCAACGGCCCGAGCCUGUGUGCAACCAUCCGAAGUGCCGAUAAUUCUCGCUGCCAAUUCUGUGGAGUCGUUACAGUCCUACUGCGAGAUGUUGGUCUCCCAUAUCCGACAAGGACGAAUUGAUUGCUGCGGGGACCUGGCGUAUAACUUGGCUAUAAAGCAAAACAGAGAUCUAGAAUACGCUCAUUCGUUUACUGUUCCAUCCGGUGAGACUGCCUCACUUCUUGCUAUGCUUGAAUCCACAGCACAGGAAGUGAGCAUUGCCAAGAAGCAAACACGUUCCCGCUUGCCCAUUAUCCUAUGCUUCGGAGGUCAAAAUGGAGAUACGGCGCAUAUUUCUGAAGACCUGUUCAACCGAUGCGAAUUGCUCCAAUAUCACUUGAUUGAAUGCGAAAAAGUGUGCCAAGCCCGCAACCUUCCCAGCUUGUUUCCACGUAUCUUCGACCCUGCUCCCAUUCAGGACAUUGUCAGUUUGCAUUGUAUCCUUUUUGCCAUUCAAUACAGUUCGGCAAAGACUUGGAUAGAUUCUGGAUUACAGGUAGACCGGAUUAUUGGCCAUAGUUUUGGUCAGUUGACUGGUCUUUGUGUCAGUGGGGGGCUCAAGUUGUCGGACGCAAUUUAUCUGGUCUCUGAGCGCGCUAGACUGAUUCGUGAUGAGUGGGGGCCGGACCGUGGGGUAAUGCUUGCCGUCGAAGCAACACUUGCAGACGUUCAGCACUUGAUGAGCGAUAUGCAGGAUGUUGCUGUCGAUAUUUCCUGUGUGAAUGGAGCGCGGAACAUCAUCCUUGCAGGAGAUGAGGCAUCUAUCUGCGCGUUCGAGGAUUUGGUGGCUCAAAACCCAUUCCGUACCAUUCGUGCCAGGCGACUUAAGAAUACACAUGCCUUCCACUCUCGAAUGGUGGACAGCAUUGUCCCAGGUUUGAAUAUGGUGGCUGGUGAUAUCCAGUUCUUCCCGUUGUCGAUUCCUUUAGAGCCGUGCUCAGCCGAUGCAGAUUGGUCCCCUGUGACUCCGAAAGCAAUUGUGGAUCACAGCCGAUACUCUGUUGACUUCCGAGCAGCGGUUGAGAGGGCAGCCGUAAAGGUUCAGGGGCCCGCUGUCUGGCUGGAGGCAGGAUCUGCGUCUCCGAUCAUCCCCAUGAUCCAAAGGAUCAUGAGAGCCACUGCAUCUACUGCCGGGGCGCACAUCUAUCAGGCGAUUGAUUUGGAAGGUCCACUGGCGCAGAGGAAACUUUCUCAGGCUACUUGUAAUCUUUGGAAUAGCGGCGUACCAGUACAAUUCUGGCCAUUCCACGCUGGUCAGGCCAAGACUUUCAACUGGAUCAACCUGCCGCCGUAUCAGUUUGCUCAACAUCGUCAUUGGAUUGAUUUUGAUCCUUUUGCUUUCAGUCCGGUCACGCACCAGAAUUUGUCGAGUGCUCCGGCCGAUGUUAGCCCGCCCGAGUUCAUACAGAUCAUUAGCAAGACGGAGAAGGAAUGCCUAUGUUCCAUCAACACAAACGAUGCUUUGUACCAGAUGUGUACCAGUGGUCAUGCAGUCGUUGACCAGAAUCUAUGCCCUGCAUCUCUCUACAUCGAGAUGGUAGUCAGAGCUGCGCAUCUUGUUUGCCCGGAGACCACAUCGUCGCCUCAGAUGCCCCAUGUCCAAGACCUGGAGAUCUCCGCUCCCCUCGUGCUAAACCCCUCGGGUGACCUUCUCUUGGAGUUAUUACAGCUUCAGCCUGAUCAUGCGACUUGGUCAUUUUCUCUGUUCACCCGAGAUGCUAAGAGCGCCAUCAUAACCCACGCGGCAGGCAAGAUCAGCUUGCAUUCAUUUGAUCGCCCUGACCCGUUGUUUGCACGGUUGAAUUCCAUGAAUCGUCUGAUUCGUGCAUCUCGAGUGCAUUCCAUCAAGAAAUUACCCGGAUCGAGUGGUUUAAAAGGGAUGGCGGUCUAUCAGUCGUUCCGGAGAGUUGUCAAUUACGCGUCGUGCUAUCGUGGUGUUGAGAGUGUGUAUGCGACCGAACACGAGGCUGCAGGUGUGGUCAAUCUUGCCACAUUGCCUACUGCCAAGAGCAGAUGUGAUCCUAUUCUCCUGGAUAAUUUCAUUCAAGUUGCCGGUAUUCAUGUCAACUGUCUGUCAGAUAUUCGGGGGGAGGAGGUGUUUGUGUGCACUGAGAUUGGAGAACUCUUUUUUGCGGAGCCAUUCCUGGAUCGGGAAGGGGCGGCCUCAUGUUCUUGGGAUAUAUAUUCCAAUAUCGAGCGCCCCUCAAAAACCAAAAUUACCUCUGAUAUUUUUGCGCUAGACCGCACAACGGGCAAGCUCGCUGUCGCUGUUCUUGCUGUGACAUUCAAGAGUCUUUCGAUCGUUUCACUUACUAGAGCUUUGAAAGGACUGAACAGCCAUCCCGUGGAUGAAAAGAGUGAUUCACUCGGACACUUCCCCGAGAGUGAGAGAGUCCCUAUUGUUCCGCGGAGCGCAAAUCAUGCCAUUCUUGCUGCUCCCCAGGAAGCGCUUCCUAGUCAUGAUUACUUUCUGGACGUCCAAGCCAUGCUCUGCGAACUCUUGGGAAUGUUGCCUGAAGAUCUCCCACCCUCCUCGAAUCUAGAGGAGAUUGGCGUUGACUCAUUGAUGCGAAGCGAAGUUCUUGCAGAAAUCACCAAGCGAUUCAAGGUCUCAAUCACGUCAUCUGAAUUAGCAGAUAUUCCCAAUGUCCAGUUACUGGUCAACACCAUCUUCCCUCACAAGUCUAUCUCUAAUUUUACCGAUGAAUUCCAACCAGCAUCGCAAAGCGAGACAUCGGAUCCCUCCUCCUCUGGUUAUGAUGACUCUACGAUCCCGACGCCUAUUUCAAUGGAGCAUUCACAGGGCCUUAUGAACACAGCACCUCUUGUCUUCAGCGAGAUACAGGGAACAGCAGUUCACAGUCAGACAACAAAAUGGGAUGGUUUCUAUAGCUCUGUCUAUCCCAAACAGAUGGAGCUUGUCACUGCAUAUGUCGUAGAGGCUUUUGAAUCUCUCGGUCUCUCGCUGGAGCAUCUUCACCCUGAGCAGCACCUGCCUCAGGUUGAGGUUUUGCCACAGCAUCAGAAAGUAUUGGGGCAGCUACACGCCAUUUUGGAAUCAUCAAAUCUGAUUCGAGCCACCGAGACGGGCUUUUUGCGCACAGGGACGCCUAUCACACAGUUGACUUCGUUAGAAAUACAUGAAGAGAUUGUCCGCCUUUAUCCUCAACACAAAUCCGAGCACGAUCUUCUCAGAAAAACAGGCUCACAAUUGGCCGACUGUUUGACUGGGGCGGCUGAUCCCAUUGCAAUUCUCUUCCAAAACGCUGAAGCCCGUCAGCUGAUGGAGGACGUUUACACAAAUGCACCUAUGUUCAAUGCUGCAACCCGCCAUAUGGCACAGUAUCUGACAGCUCUGCUUGCUCGCGGGGAUACCUUGCACGAAGUCAAAAUUCUCGAGAUCGGCGCAGGUACAGGUGGGACAACCAAAGCUCUGCUGAGCCAGCUGACAGCUCUCCCGGGCCUUCGAUUCGAAUACACAUUCACUGACCUGUCUUCAUCACUCCUGGCACUCGCGCGCAAGAAGUUUAAGCAUUACAACUUCAUGAAGUAUCAGACGCUGAAUAUCGAACAGACCCCUGGGCUAGAAAUGCUCGAACAGUACGAUGUAAUCAUCUCCAGCAAUUGUAUUCAUGCCACACGCAAUCUGGUUGAGUCUUGCACCAACAUCAGAAAGCUCUUGCGACCAGAUGGAGUCCUUUGUCUGAUUGAACUGACACGUAACAUCUUCUGGUUUGAUCUCGUCUUUGGUCUUCUCGAGGGUUGGUGGCUGUUUAAUGAUGGCAGAAAACAUGCACUUGCCAGUGAGCAUGCUUGGAAAGCUACACUCUCCCAAUCAGGAUUUGAAUGGGUAGACUGGUCACGAAAUAACUCACAGGAGUCAAACACUCUGCGACUGAUCACUGCUUCCCCGACACCUGUUCUCCCGGGGGUCAAGGGAGUUGAGAGUACUGCUAUCCUCCCGGAGAAGGAGACCGUUCUUUUUGGGGAAGUGGGUGGUGUGAGGCUUUGCGCCGAUAUCUUCUACCCCAAGAGUCUUCAGCCUCCUGGAAGGAGUCGUCCGAUUGCUCUCAUGAUUCAUGGAGGAGGGCACGUCAUGCUGUCCCGAAGGGACGUUCGACCUAAGCAAACAAAGAUUUUAUUGGAAGCAGGCUUCCUACCAGUCAGCAUCGACUACCGGCUUUGCCCUGAAGUAACCCUUCUUGAAGGACCCAUGCACGACGUACGGGAGGGUUUACGCUGGGCACGCUAUACUCUUCCAAGUUUGGCCCUUGGGCGUGCCGACAUUCGCCCAGAUGGAGAGCAAGUAGUGGUAGUUGGAUGGUCCACUGGAGGCCAUUUAGCCAUGACUCUUGCUUGGACAGCACCACAGGCUGCAAUUCCACCCCCUGACGCAAUCUUGGCCUUCUACUGUCCAUGUGAUUACGAAAGUACGUUUUGGUCCAAGCCCAACAAUCCAUACAAAACCGAUUCUUCAUCAGUCGGCAUGGUGUACGAUGUGUGGGAAGGCAUGUAUGAAACACCGAUCACUGCAUACAACCCUCCGGCUAGCAAUGAGGCUCAAGGAGGAUGGAUGUCUCCCACCGAUGCACGAAGUCGGAUUGCGUUGCAUAUGAAUUGGACCGGGCAAACUUUGCCUAUUCUUCUACGCGGUAAACACCUCUGGAAGUCUCAAACCAGUGGUUCGGAAGGCUCAUUGCCAUACCCAACAUCUGAAGAAGUUCAAGCCGUCAGCCCGCUGGCUCAGAUUCGUCGCGGUUGCUACAAAUCACCUACGUUUCUAAUUCAUGGAGCGCUCGAUGACUUGAUUCCAGUGGAGCAGGUGCAAAGAACACAUGAUGAAUUGGAAAUUCAGGGCGUUGAAGCUGUGCUUCGUGUUGUGGACAAAGGUUUGCAUCUGUUUGACAUCUAUCCGAGAUACGAAGAUGACGACGGAGCCUCUCAAGCUGUUUUGGACGGGUAUCAAUUUCUUUCCAGUCAUGUUCGACUAUAG